CCUUCCCCACCUACGGCUUUCACGCACUCGCAGUGAUUGUUUUGCCCGCUCCCGCUCCCGCUCCCGCCGCCGCCGCCGCCGCCGCCGCCGCCGCCGCCGCCGCCGCCGCGGCCGCCAGAGGAGCAGCAGCGCUUGUGCAAACCGGGAAGAUGGCGGCCGGCGGCGGCGGAGGCAGCAGUAAGGCCUCCUCCUCGUCGGCCUCUUCGGCAGGGGCUCUGGAGUCCUCGUUGGAUCGAAAAUUCCAGUCGGUAACUAACACCAUGGAAUCUAUUCAAGGCUUGUCGUCUUGGUGUAUAGAGAACAAGAAACACCACACUACUAUCGUCUACCAUUGGAUGAAGUGGCUCCGGAGAUCUGCCUAUCCCCACCGUUUAAAUCUCUUUUACCUCGCCAAUGAUGUCAUACAGAACUGCAAAAGGAAAAACGCAAUCAUUUUCCGUGAGUCAUUUGCUGAUGUCCUUCCUGAAGCAGCUGCUCUAGUGAAGGAUCCAUCUGUCUCUAAGUCUAUAGAACGAAUCUUCAAAAUCUGGGAAGAUAGAAAUGUAUACCCAGAAGAAAUGAUUAUGGCAUUGAGAGAAGCUUUGAGUACCACUUUCAAAACUCAGAAGCAGCUGAAAGAAAAUCUGAACAAACAACCGAAUAAGCAGUGGAAGAAAUCACAAACAUCCACGAAUCCAAAAGCUGCUCUCAAGUCUAAGAUAGUUGCAGAAUUUCGAUCCCAGGCCCUCAUUGAAGAGCUGUUGCUAUACAAGCGCUCAGAAGAUCAGAUAGAAUUGAAGGAAAAACAGCUGUCAACCAUGAGGGUGGAUGUGUGCAGCACAGAAACUCUGAAAUGUUUAAAAGAUAAGACAGGUGGAAAGAAGUUCUCCAAAGAAUUUGAAGAGGCAAGUUCCAAACUGGAGGAAUUUGUGAAUGGAUUAGAUAAGCAGGUGAAAAACGGGCCCUCACUAACAGAAGCACUGGAAAAUGCUGGAAUUUUCUAUGAAGCACAGUACAAAGAAGUGAAAGUGGUGGCCAAUGCAUAUAAAACCUUCGCUAAUCGAGUGAACAAUUUAAAGAAAAAGCUGGAUCAAUUGAAGUCAACCCUUCCUGAUCCUGAAGAAUCACCAGUCCCUUCCCCAAGCAUGGAUGCUCCUUCUCCAACUGGUUCUGAGUCUCCUUUUCAGGGAAUGGGAGGUGAGGAAUCCCAAUCACCAGCCAUGGAGAGUGAGAAAUCUGCCACACCUGAGCCUGUGACAGAUAAUCGUGAUGUAGAAGACAUGGAACUCUCAGAUGUGGAAGAUGAUGGGUCAAAAAUCAUUGUAGAGGACAGGAAGGAAAAACCUGUGGAGAAGUCAACUGUAUCUACUUCUAUGUCUACAAAGCCAACAGAAAGUACCUCAAAGGCCUCUUCAUGUACCCCAGUGCCUGUUACCAUGACAGCAACCCCACCUCUUCCAAAGCCUGUGAAUACUUCUCUUCUGUCCCCUUCUCCAACAUUGGCUUUGCCAAACCUGGCUAAUGUGGAUCUGGCAAAGAUCAGUUCUAUCCUUAGCAGCCUAACAUCAGUCAUGAAGAAUACUGGGGUCAGUCCUGCAUCAAGACCUUCUCCAGGAACUCCUACAAGUCCCAGCAACCUCGGCAGUGGCCUGAAAACACCUGCACCUGCCCCAACAACAUCUCACAAUCCUCUGGCAAAUAUCCUCUCAAAGGUGGAGAUCACCCCAGAGAGCAUUCUGUCUGCUCUUUCCAAAACCCAGACACAGUCAGCCCCAGCACUGCAAGGCCUGUCAUCUUUACUUCAGAGUGUUACUGGGAACCCAGUCCCAGCCAGUGAAGCCGCAUCCCAGAGCACUUCAGCUUCCCCUGCCAACACCACAGUCUCUAGCAUAAAAGGAAGAAAUCUGCCCUCCAAUACCCAAUCCUUUAUUCCCAAAAGCUUCAGCUAUUCUCCUAAUUCAUCAACUUCUGAAGUCUCUUCAACAUCAGCCAGCAAGGCCUCAAUCGGGCAAAGCCCAGGGCUCCCAAGCACUACUUUUAAGCUACCAUCCAACUCUAUUGGGUUUACAGGAACCCACACUACUAAUCCCGCUGCCCCACCUACUGAAGUUGCCAUGUGCCAGUCUUCAGAGAUCUCUAAGCCAAAGCUGGAGUCCGAGUCCACCUCUCCAAGCCUGGAAAUGAAGAUCCACAACUUCUUAAAAGGUAAUCCUGGUUUCAGUGGCUUAAACUUAAACAUCCCAAUCUUGAGCAGCUUGGGGUCCAGUGCCCCAGCAGAAAGCCACCCCUCAGACUUCCAGCGUGGCCCUACUAGCACGUCAAUCGACAACAUUGACGGAACCCCUGUGCGGGAUGAAAGGAGUGGGACGCCCACCCAGGAUGAGAUGAUGGACAAGCCCACAUCCAGCAGUGUAGACACCAUGUCCCUGCUUUCUAAGAUCAUUAGCCCUGGUUCCUCAACACCCAGCAGUACAAGAUCACCACCCCCUGGGAGAGAGGAAAGCUACCCCCGGGAACUCUCCAAUUCUGUACCUACAUAUCGACCUUUUGGCCUGGGCAGUGAAUCACCCUAUAAGCAGCCUUCUGAUGGAAUGGAGAGACCAUCUUCCCUGAUGGACUCUUCACAGGAAAAGUUCUAUCCAGAUACUUCUUUCCAGGAAGAUGAGGAUUACCGAGAUUUUGAGUACUCAGGGCCUCCACCCUCUGCCAUGAUGAACCUAGAGAAGAAGCCAGCCAAGUCUAUCCUGAAGUCAAGCAAGCUUUCUGAUACCACCGAAUACCAGCCAAUCCUCUCCAGUUAUAGCCACAGGGCCCAAGAAUUUGGGGUAAAGUCUGCCUUCCCUCCUUCUGUAAGGGCCCUCCUGGACUCUAGUGAGAAUUGUGACCGUCUCUCCUCUUCCCCUGGGCUAUUUGGUGCCUUCAGCAUCAGAGGGAGUGAACCAGGGUCUGACCGGUCACCAUCACCGAGUAAGAAUGAUUCAUUUUUCACCCCUGACUCCAACCACAAUAGCUUGUCUCAGUCUACAACCACUGGGCAUCUUGGUUUGCCACAGAAGCAGUACCCAGACCCCCCUCACCCAGUCCCACAUCGUUCCCUUUUCUCUCCGCAGAAUACCCUUGCCGCUCCCACGGGCCACCCACCCACACCAGGCGUGGAGAAAGUCCUGGCCCCCACCAUUUCCACCACGUCGACGAUUGAGUUUAAGAAUAUGCUUAAAAACGCCUCCCGAAAGCCCUCAGACGAUAAGCAUUUUGGCCAGGCACCCAACAAGGGUACUUCAAGUGAUGGUGUUGUCGGUCUCUCAAACCUCGCCCAGCCCAGCUUGACAGCCACUGAGCAGCAGCAACAAGAAGAGCACUACCGCAUAGAAACCCGAGUCUCCUCCUCCUGCUUAGACUUGCCCGAUAGCACCGAAGAGAAGGGGGCCCCUAUAGAAACCUUGGGUUAUCAUAAUGCAUCCAAUAGAAGGAUGUCAGGGGAGCCAAUACAGACCGUAGAGUCCGUCCGAGUUCCUGGGAAGGGAAAUAGAGGACACGGGCGUGAGGCUUCAAGGGUGGGUUGGUUUGAUCUGAGCACCUCAGGCAGCUCCUUUGACAAUGGCCCCUCAAGUGCCUCUGAGUUGGCAUCCCUUGGGGGCGGGGGCAGCGGAGGCCUCACUGGCUUUAAAGCGGCACCAUACAAGGAACGGGCACCCCAAUUUCAGGAAAGUGUCGGCAGCUUCCGUUCCAACAGUUUCAACUCAACAUUUGAGCAUCAUCUCCCCCCGUCCCCCUUGGAACAUGGGGCACCCUUCCAGAGAGAGCCAGUGGGGCCGUCAUCUGCCCCACCUGCCCCUCCUAAGGAUCAUGGUGGUAUCUUCUCUCGAGAUGCAUCCACUCAUCUACCCUCUGUGGAUCUUUCGAACCCCUUCACAAAGGAGGCGGCCCUGGCCCACGCCGCCCCACCCCCUCCUCCUGGAGAGCACAGCGGAGUUCCUUUCCCCACCCCACCCCCUCCUCCACCCCCUGGGGAGCAUAGCAGCAGUGGUGGGAGUGGUGUUCCCUUUUCUACUCCACCACCUCCUCCACCCCCUGUUGACCACUCUGGGGUUGUACCCUUCCCAGCCCCACCACUGGCAGAGCACGGAGUGGCAGGAGCUGUGGCAGUAUUUCCUAAGGACCAUAGUUCCCUCCUUCAAGGGACCCUGGCUGAGCAUUUUGGGGUGCUCCCAGGACCCAGGGACCAUGGGGGCCCCACCCAACGGGACCUCAACGGCCCUGGCCUUAGCCGUGUACGAGAGAGCCUCAGCCUACCCUCCCAUUCUCUGGAGCACCUGGGCCCAGCCCAUGGAGGAGGAGGUGGGGGAGGCAGCAACAGCAGCAGUGGCCCCCACUUGGGUCCCUCACACAGAGACGCCAUCAACCGGAGUGGUAUGAUUUUGCGGAAUCCCCGGCCAGACUUUCGGCCUAGGGAACCUUUUCUCAGCAGAGACCCGUUCCACAGUCUAAAGAGACCCAGGCCACCUUUUGCUAGGGGCCCUCCGUUCUUUGCACCAAAACGCCCAUUCUUCCCUCCCAGGUACUGAUGGAAACCAAGGGAAAAAGCAUUUUGAACAGUCUAGAGAGCAUUGGAAGUAGGAGUUCGGUUUAUUGUUCUUUUUAUGUUUUCCUUCCUUUGAUUUAAAUUUUUUUAAUGACAAAGGGCCUCCCUUCCAAAUUUAAAAGUCAUACAUGCUUACAUGUCACUCUUCCAUCCAGUCCUCCUUCCCACUGCACUUAACUGACCUUCCCCAAGCUACUUGUAUUUUAAAGGGGGCAGGGGGUGGGAGGGAGAGGAGGGAGCAAAGAAAGACAACCAAAGCCACUUCACUUGGCUGGGGGUUUGAAGGGGGGGAGGAAAAAACAGAUCUUAUUUUACCCCGUUUAUUGAAGAGUAUUAUUACAUUUGAAAUAAAACUUCCAUCAGUACAGAGAAUAACAUGUGCAAUGUUGGGAUGUUAUUUUGGGUUUGGCUUAUCACAUAGUCAAUAGAAGGAUUCCUAUCCCCUCUCUCCCCCAUUAACUAACUACUGUGACCAGCGUGGCUCCCUUUCCUGAAUGCUCUGUGCACUGCUGACGAGCCCAAAAGAUGUUGCGAGCAAAGAUAGGUGGGAGACCACGGACCCGUCAAGUUGGUUUUGUUUUUAAAGACAUACUGAAGUUGGGUUCUUCACCUUUCUCCUAAAAUCUUAAUUAAAGAAAAUCAGCCUCUUCUAAAUGACUAUCCAUCAUUAACUUGGAGGAGAUACAGAUCUCAUUCUACCCUAGUAAAAAUUAUUCCUCUUUAUCCUUGGAAUGAAAGGGUAACUGGAUAUAAUCUCCAGGUUAAAAUAAGAUGUAACUCCAUUAAAGAGAGAAAGGAACCACCAGUAGUUCAAUGUGACCUGCACAUCCCUCCUCAUAAACAAGAAUGGGAGACUUUUUGAGGUAGUUUGAUAUGUCUUGCACCAACUCUUGCUUCCUGCUUUUCUUUCUUGACUUUUUCUCCCUCAGUUUUCACUUCUGCUUUGGCCAGAAAGAAAGUCAUUAUUACAGGUGACAAUUGAUACAAAGAUGCAACUAAAAUAUUAUCCCUCAAUUUUUUAAUGUAAAAGGUAGAUGUUUUUACCAUGGUGCCUCCCUAAUGUAAGUGAUAUUUGUUGGUGGUUUUUAACAAAGGUUAACUACUGAGGAAAGGGAACUAUUGGGCUGUAUCCUCCUUCCCUCCUUGCCCUACACUUGUAUUUACGCCUGUUCUUGGUAUUUCGGAGGCGGUUCAGUAGUAUCUUUCAGUGCUUUACACCUCUUUAGGUGUGUCUUAAUGACAAGUGGGUAUCACUAUACAUAUCUUUUCAGAGAACCAGGGGGAGCUGAGAAAUCCAAAUUGACCCCAUUCUACAGCUAGCAGCCUGUCACAUUUCAAGGCUCAAGCCUUAUCCUCCCCUUCCACUCCCAAUAGGAAAUAAUGUUUCUGCCCUUAGUCAUUUUACACGAGAAGGGUGUGCUUUCCUUCUCCCCAAACUGAAAGGCUUCUUUGUAGUUCUACAACUAGUACUGGGAAAAAAGACAAUCAGUAUGCUUUGAGUGUUUAUAACUUUAUAUUUAGGAACACUGAAAAGCAAAGAUUGCUUUACUAUUAUUUUGUGUUCUUUAGUGUCUUGCCCCAAGGUAUACACACUGGUGACCUCCAGCUGGAUAAGUAAAACAGUAUGUGGUGGGGUUUUGGUUUUGUUCUGUUUUGUUUUUAAAAGGAAUCCUAGCAAGUUUCAUACUUUUUUUCAAGUGAGCAUAGAACUAACUAACUAGCAAGUAUGGGGAUUGUUUUUGAUUCCUCUACUGAAAUAUUAAAGAUGGGGGAGAGUGGACAACCUAGUGACAGAAGAUAAUCCUUUGUGUCAGAAUAAACUUGCUUUUCAGGUAAAGAGCAGCUUAAACCAGUUGUGUGUCAUAGUUGGGGAGGUUUUGUGUAAUUUAUUCCACGUUAUUUAUUUGGGCUCGCCAUGUGUUCUGUGGUUAGGAGGCUGCAAGUCCUUCAUCUUCCUGAUGCGUUUCUGAUCUUAAGUCAACUCUUCUGUCUUUGACCCUCUCCAGCCUCUCUACCCUGAAGCUCUCCUCACAAAAAUGCAUGAUACCAUGAUCUUGUGUGUGGGAUGGGGUAUAUAGUGUAGCAAAGCAAAGAAACAAUAUAGUUACCUUGAGUCCUGAGACAUUUGUUUAGGGAAAAGAGUGAUCAAGAGUAAAGUUGGGGGAGGGAGAGUUCUAAUUGAUUUAAAACUGAAACUUUUUUUUCAGAAAUUAAGUGGGAUUUUUUCACUCUAGAAUAAAAGAAUGUGAAUUCUUUCUGCUGCUCUUGUUUAAGCUGAAAGUAGUGUUUACUUGAAAAGGCUCUCUGACCAUUUGAUUUUAUCAGAAAAUGUGGGGAUGUCAGGAAAGUGGCUUCCUGAAUGUUGGGGCAGGGUAAUUGUCCUCAAAAGCAUGAUGACUAAUACAUGAAAGGAAGACCUUAUUGUACAGUUUAAAAUAUGGACUUUUAAGGGUUGGGUUUUUUUGUUUGUUUGUUUUUGUUGUUGUUUUUGCAGGGUGUUUUGCUUUUUAAGCUACAAAAUCCUCAUUGAGUUUGUUUCAGGAUGGAACUGAGGAUUUGUAUGACUGUCAGCUGUUAAGGAAGUCUGUCUACAGCAGUAAAUGAAGAUGACAAUGUAUAUAUGUGAUAUAAUGAAACAAAAAAGACAAUUCUGGUAUUCAUAACAUGAAACAAAGGGGUUUUAUCCUUUCUGUGUCUGUGAUUUAAAACUCCGUGCCCAUGCUCUAACUUUUGUAUUUCAACCUGAGUUUAAAAAUACAAUAAACAAAAAAUUUUUUAAAGAAA